GUGAUUGCCGUGUGCCGUAUUUCCGAUUAGCGUCCACCUAAUACCUUCAUAUAUUAUUGAUAUGUCACGCCGGUGAGAAUUGUCGGAUUGACUGCCUCAGGCCUUCAGGGAAUUUACUAGAGAUGUCGUGUAGGUGACGCCGACAAAUUGACAACAUACCUAGGCAACAAUAUGACGAAUAAUGCACCUCUAGAGAUGUCUCGAGAUACUUCUCUAAAUACUCCACCAUGAUCUUCUACUGCCAGCACCAGUCGUUGAGGUAUACUCAGUAUGAAUCCCAAACGUCUCAGAGCUCAGUUUCGCUCUCUGGUGAAAGCUGUCUUCUCGCGACGUCCAUCCUGCCUCGUGCAGAGAAUCCCAACGGAACUGCUUGAUAUAAUUUUCGGCUUCCUGCCAAUACAAGAUCAGAUAUGCCUCGCGUUGAGCUGUAAAUCUCUCUACUUGUACUUUCGUUCAUUACUUAGAGAUGAAAACCUACAGCUGUCUCAGCUUCUUCCGUCUGCACCGCGACCGAUUCUGUGCACCAAGACCGACGUCAGAAAAAAUGGGCGUAGAAUACAACUCGUCCAGCGACUCGAGAAUAGAAAUUGGAAAUACUGUAGUGGAUGCUGGAAACUGCAUCGACGCCCUGCGUGGAUCACUCUAGACUGGAGGGACCUUUCUCAGAAACCACUCUGCAGGGCAUUCGCUUGCAAGGUUGAUAUUUGUCCCUGCAUGACCAUCACAUUCAAGGAUAUGCAAGACUUGAUAGGAACGAUAAAGGCUACGAAGAGAUCCGAGGACACCCCAAAAGUAUAUUUUAAUGGCAAUGCAUAUCGUCCAAGAAAGAAAGGAUUUUAUCCAGCUUUCCAGCACGAUUGCGUUUAUACAGAUCAUCCUUUCGCAUAUGUUAAGAUCGCCACUAUGUUUAGCUGGGACGACAAGGAUGAGUUUUUGGAGGUGAGAAGUUAUUAUACGAUUCAAAUACUCACUGAGAGGUUCUUGCAAACGCCAGACUCUUUGGGGAUAAAGACUCCUUUGAUAUGUCCACACAAGAACCUCAGGGAGUGGCUUAAACGAUUCUAUGCUGAGGCUGGGUCCAACUUUUCGGGUUGGCAUCGAGGUAUCACUUUUGGUAAAUCGUCAUGUAAUUGUAGAAAGACAGAACUUGGUGAUUCCCCACAAUUCUUUAAGACGUCUAUCGGACGAAUUCUAGGAGGAGACAAGCGGCCUAAUGGAAUUUGGAAAUAGCCUCUCAUUUGAUGCGAAACUUGGACCUUUGAGGGUCUUUUAGUGUUCAGUUGUGGUAGCUUCAUUGCU